GUCCAAUAAUCGCCUGCGCCGAGAUCGGCCGGAAGAGAUAGAGCUCCCUCCAACAGUCAUAAACACGAACGCGAGCGGACUACUAUCUCUGAAGCCCGGCCUCAACGCUAGCUGGUCUUGUAUCUAUGGGUCUUCCGUUGAGCGGGCAAUGAAGAACACGGCGGACAGUCAUACUGAACCCUUGCUCCAGAAUUUACUUCGAGGUAUGAAUGGUUGGUAUCCAAAAAUUCAGGACGAUAAAUUUUAUGACUCGGUGUUCUUUCCUCCUUCAUCCACUUCACAUCGAGAGGCAAACUUAACAUCUUCAGCCAAAUAUAAAGAAUAAAUUUAUAUUUGGCAACCCAAUUUCCCUCAAUCUUCAAAGCUUUUUCGAACCCCAAUUGCACUCGCAUCUGCUUAAAGGAGACAGCAAGAUGUGUGGCAUCUUCGCCUGUCACUCGCACCCUGACGUGUGCAAGUUCAAGCCGACGGCUCUGCGACUGGCUAAGCAAAUCCGCCACCGUGGUCCCGAUUGGAGUGGAAAUGUGAUUUGCAACAACACGAUCUUGUGCCAUGAGCGCCUCAGUAUUGUCGGCGUUGAAUCCGGCGCCCAGCCUCUGACCAACGAGGAUGGCAGCAUCGUGCUCGCCGUCAACGGUGAGAUCUACAACCACCGUCUGAUCCGAAAGAACUUGAAGACGCCGUACCACUUCAAGACGCAUUCCGACUGUGAAGUCAUCAUUCCCCUGUAUAUGGAGUACGGUCUCGAUGCGCCCAAAUACCUCGAUGGCAUGUUUUCUUUCGUGCUGUACGACAAGAAGCUCGACCGAACGAUUUGCGCGCGCGACCCCAUUGGUAUCACAACAUUUUACCAAGGCUGGUCCUCGAAAGAGCCCGAAACCUCAUACUUCGCUUCGGAGCUGAAGUGCCUCCAUACCGUUUGCGACAACAUACGCGCGUUUCCUCCGGGACAUGUGUACGACACCAAGACGGGUGAGACUACGCGUUAUUUCCAGCCCACGUGGUGGGAUGGCUCAAAAGUACCGGAGACGCCGCUUGAUCUCAAGCUUGUUCGAGAGUCUCUGGAGCGAUCCGUGAGGAAACGACUUAUGGCUGAAGUCCCAUACGGUGUGCUUUUGUCGGGUGGGUUGGACUCGAGUCUGGUCGCGUCCAUUGCACAACGGGAGACGUUGAGGUUGAAGAAGCUGGCUUUGGCUGGCAACGGCGACGUCGAAGUCAAGCCAAAGGACCAAGACAAGGGCGAGGGACUGGUUGGUAUCGACGACCACGACAAGCUGUCGACCGUGACGUACCUCCCUCAACUCAACUCAUUCUCCAUCGGUCUGCCGGGCUCGCCUGACAACGAAGCUGCCGUGAAGGUGGCCAAGUUCCUCGGCACCAAGCACCACGUCAUGACCUUCACUAUCGAGGAUGGCCUCAACGCUCUGUCCGAUGUCAUCUACUACCUCGAGAGCUACGAUGUGACGACGAUCCGUGCCUCGACUCCCAUGUACCUUCUCUCAAGGAAGAUCAAGGCCAUGGGUGUGAAGAUGGUUCUCAGUGGAGAGGGAAGUGACGAAAUCUUUGGUGGAUAUCUAUAUUUCCAUGCUGCGCCCGACAAAAAGGCUUUCCACGAGGAGACUGUCCGCCGUGUCAAGAACUUGCACUUUGCAGACUGCCUCCGAGCCAACAAGUCCACCUCAGCCUGGGGUCUCGAAGCCCGAGUGCCUUUCCUUGACAAGCAGUUCCUGGAAGACUGCAUGAACAUCGACCCUCAAGAGAAGAUGAUCACCAAGGACAAGAUCGAGAAGCACAUCUUGCGGAAAGCCUUUGACACAUCCGACGAUCCUACCGCCGAGCCUUACCUACCCGAUGAGAUUCUCUGGCGUCAAAAAGAGCAAUUCUCCGAUGGUGUUGGCUACGGCUGGAUCGAUGCGCUGAAGGACAACGCUGAGCUCCUCGUCACGGACGAGAUGAUGAAGAACCCCAAGCCCGAAUGGGGUGACGACAUUCCGGAUACCAAAGAGGCGUAUUGGUACCGAACAAUAUUCGACGAGCACUUCCCUCCUCACUGUGCAUCGACAGUGAUGCGAUGGACACCUACGUGGUCCAAGCAGACCGAUCCCAGUGGAAGGGCCAUCUCGACACACCAACAGAAGUACGACGAAGAGGCGUAACGGGGCAGUGUCGGAAUAUGUGGUCCAUCUAUCCUAUCUCUUUGGGUGGGCCUAAUUGACCAGUUCUUCUGAUGAUUGCACUAGGCUAUUGGGUGAAAAUGUGGAUUCCUAGACUUGGAUCUUGGCAAAAGAGGAUGCGAUGCUGGACUCGGGAUGAGAAUCUAUACCAUAGACUAAAUACAUAGGCUUGCCAUGUAGACGGCCUGGCCUCACU